UAGCGGAGUGUGAGCGGUGAGUCAGCCCGCAGUGCCCGCAGCGGAGGCCGGCAGCGCUCCAGCCUGCUUCACGCGAACGCAAAUAAGAAAAGCAAGAUGAACGUCGGUGUGGCCCACAGUGAAGUGAACCCAAACACCCGUGUGAUGAACAGUCGGGGGAUAUGGCUGACAUAUGCGCUCGGUGUAGGAAUGCUUCACAUUGUACUGUUGAGCAUUCCUUUCUUCAGUGUUCCUGUUGUGUGGACCCUCACAAAUGUUAUUCACAAUUUUGGUAUGUAUGUGUUUAUGCAUGCAGUGAAAGGCACACCAUUUGAAACACCAGACCAGGGCAAGGCAAGACUUCUCACACACUGGGAACAGCUGGACUAUGGCGUGCAGUUCACAUCAUCUAGAAAAUUCUUUACAAUCUCACCAAUCAUUUUAUAUUUCCUCGCUAGCUUUUACACAAAAUAUGACACAGCUCAUUUUGUGAUAAACACAGCUUCGCUUUUGAGUGUUCUCAUCCCAAAACUGCCACAACUCCAUGGAGUCAGGAUCUUUGGAAUAAACAAGUAUUAAGCCCAGUGUUCAGAGGGCACAGACCAACUGUUGCCUGAUUUGGGAGAGGAGAUAACCCUUUGUACCACAGCUGUGUACACUUAGCAGUUUUGUACAGUCUGUGUAAUUGUGAGUCUCUUUGUUUGAUAUAUCUUGAGAAAUUGUUGCAGGGAGAUGUUAGGAGGACAAUUCUACAAGCAUUAAUAACUUAAGAUAUUUAAUGUGUUUUUGUUCGUUGUUUUGUGAUCCUUGUGGAUCUGGGCUGGCCCAGGUUUCAUGGUUAAAGUUUUUUGUUAAUUAGUUUUUGUUUGUUCAAAUGUGCUCACAACACUGAUACACUGAGAUAGAUUUAUGCUUUUAGCGUCACUUCACAUUUCUGAAUACAUUCUUAGAUAAUGCCAUGAAUUGA